AUGCUGGAUUUCCUCGACUACAGCUGGCUCAUGGAUGUCGCAAAGGCGACAGGAGGUAUCGCUGUCAUCCUCGAGCCUCGCUACUGGGGCAAGUCGAUCCCAGUAUCGAAUUUCACAACAGACUCGAUGCGCUUCUCGUCAACACUUCAGAGUAUUGCAGAUGCCAAACACUUUGCUUCCAAUGUCGUCUUUGCAGGCUUUGAAGGCCUUGAUCUGACGUACAAGAACGCCAUGUGGAUCACCGUCGCAAUGGAAUACGGAGGCGUCAAGGCUGCCAUCGCCCGAAGCAAGUAUCCCGACGUCUUCUCUGGCGCUGUAGCAGUCACGCCUACUAUGCAGUCCAUCGCAAACUACUGGCAGUACUAUGAUGCGGUGAUCGAGUACGGCAUCAAAGACUGCACACGUGCCAUGCAAGUCUCUAUGCUCAUCCUCGAUCUCCUCGUAGAUGCUGCCGACCCAGCUCACCUGGAAGCCAUCAAAGACGGUUUCGGCAUGACCGGUGUUACGCACAUCAAAGACGUUCUCAUUGGUCUUGCGGUCAGCAGUGGACCUGACAACUUUGUCAAUUCGUUCUGGAAACAGAACGGCGGUGUAGAUCUGGACUAUGCUCAAUUCUGCUCAAACCUCACAGCACCCUUCUCUGCACGUCCCGGUCACUCGCAAGCCGAUCGCGCUAAAGCCGUCGAGCUUGUCAAGGCAUCGGGCUUCAUGACAGAUAAGCAUCAUGAGGACGAGACCAUUGAUUUGGCCGCCACCUGGCUCCUCAAUUGGAUGGCUUGGUUCAAGCCUACCGGCGAGAGCUGGAAGGGCAAGAUGAAGACCGCAGAUGAAAUGUGGUCGACAUACGAUCCCACUGGCUGGGCGGUCACCGACCUCUCAAAUACAUGGCGGCCCUACUUUUACUCCAAGUGUACAGAAUGGCCCUUCUUCCGCUCAGGAUUCGGCAGACCAGAGAGUGCCGGCCUGCCUGUUGUCUCUCGUCAUCUCGACUACGAGUUCAUGCAUCAGGGCUGUCAGUUAGCCUUCCCUCCGGGCAAAGUCCAUUCGAUCCCGACAGAGCCCGACGUGGCGGCAAUGAACCAACUCGGCGGCUGGUCGAUCGCCUUUGAUCAGCUCGCUAUCGUUUGCAGCAAGAAAGACCCUUGGCGUCAGGCCACGCCUUGCGCAGACCAAGCUCCAGUGCGGAAUAGUACCGUUCAGCAACCCUUCGUUUACCUUGAAGAUAUCGGACACAACGGCAUGCUAUCCGCCGUCAGACCAGACGAGACCAAUGUGAUCAUGCCCGAGUCCAUCAAGACAGCUCAGGCUGAGCUCCUGACGGCUGUCAAGACUUGGCACUCGAAUUGGAAGAAGCCUAUCACGAAAAAAAGGAGUGCGCGUGCGGGUCAUGUAUAA